UAGUUGCGAUCCGGUUCGGUUCUGUUCUGUUCAGCGCCAUCAUGUCCGGAGUCGCCUCCACUCUGGCCAAGAAGCGGGCCCUGGCCGCGGGGUUCGGAACCAACUCCAACGCGAUUCGGUACCUGAACCAGAACUUCGAGGCCCUGCGCGCGCAGUGCCGCUCCUCCGGGCAGCUCUUCUGCGACCCCACCUUCCCGGCCGAACCCGAAUCUCUGGGCUUCAAAGAACUGGGUCGGAACUCCUCCAAGACCCGCGGAGUCACCUGGAAGAGGCCCACGGAGCUGGUCUCAAAGCCAGAAUUCAUCGUGGGCGGUGCCACCAGAACCGACAUCUGUCAGGGAGCGCUGGGUGACUGCUGGCUGCUGGCUGCCAUUGCCUCUCUGACCAUGAACGAGUUUGUGAUGGCGCGAGUCGUUCCCACAGACCAGGGGUUUGGAGACAACUAUGCAGGAAUCUUCCACUUCCAGUUUUGGCAGUUUGGGGAGUGGGUGGAUGUGGUGAUUGAUGACAGGCUUCCGGUUAAAGACGGGGAGCUGCUGUUCGUCCACUCGGCAGAAGGUCAGGAGUUCUGGAGCGCCCUGUUGGAGAAGGCCUAUGCCAAGGUGAAUGGCUGCUACGAAGCCCUGUCUGGUGGCUCCACCACUGAGGGCUUCGAGGACUUCACCGGAGGCAUAGCAGAGAACUAUGACCUCAACCGGCCACCAUCCAACCUGUUCCAGAUCAUCAAGAAGGCGCUGGAGGCCGGCGCUCUGCUGGGCUGCUCCAUCGACAUCACAAGUGCUGCAGACUCAGAGGCGGUCACUCGACAGAAGCUGGUGAAAGGCCACGCCUACUCAUUGACGGGGGCCGUGGAGGUGAACUACCGCGGGCGUCAGGAGAAGCUGGUUAGAAUGAGGAACCCCUGGGGUCAGGUGGAGUGGACCGGAGCAUGGAGCGAUGGGUCUUCUGAGUGGAGCCAGGUCCAGGGGGACUGUCCUCACGCCAACUCAGAGGACGGAGAGUUCUGGAUGUCGUUCAGUGACUUCCAGCGUCACUACUCCCGAAUCGAGGUGUGCACUCUUACUCCAGAUACGAUAGAGGACGACUCCGUCAAACACUGGAGCGUCAGCAAGUUUGACGGCACCUGGAGGAGAGGCUCCACGGCUGGAGGAUGCCGGAAUCACCCCCACACGUUCUGGACAAACCCUCAGUUUGUGAUCAAGCUGGAUGAGGAAGAUGAUGACCCUGAUGACGGUGAGGUGGGCUGCAGCUUUGUGGUCGGUCUGAUCCAGAAGAACCGCAGGAAGCUGCGCCAACAAGGCGAGGACAUGCACACCAUUGGCUUUGCCAUCUAUGAGGUUCCCCCGCAGUUCCAUGGACAGAGGGAGGUCCACCUGGACAAGAACUUCUUCCUGACCCACGCUCAGACGGCGAGGUCAGAAACCUUCAUCAACCUGCGGGAGGUGAGCUCCCGCUUCAAGCUGCCACCUGGAGAGUACCUGGUUGUCCCGUCCACCUUUGACCCUCACCAAAACGGAGACUUCUGCAUCCGAGUGUUCUCCGAGAAGCAGACCGAGACCAUGCCCUGUGACGACCCGGUCAGCGCCGACCUCAGUGACGAGACGGUGUCGGACAGCGAGGUGGACUCCGGGUUCAGGAACCUGUUCACUAAACUCGCGGGAGGCGACAUGGAAAUCUCCGCCUACGAGCUCCAGACCAUCAUGAACAAGAUCGUAGCCAAACGAACUGACAUCAAAACAGACGGAUUCAGCCUGGAGACCUGCAGGGUCAUGGUCAACCUGAUGGACGACAGCGGGAACGGCAAGCUGGGCAUCGGGGAGUUCGCCACGCUGUGGAAGAAGGUGCAGAAAUACCUGUCGAUCUACAAGCAGAUCGACUCGGAUAACUCUGGAACCAUGAGCACUCCGGAGAUGAGGGUGGCCUUCAAGGACGCAGGUUUCUCCCUCAACAACACCAUCUACCAGCAGCUGGUGGCCCGGUACUCGGACCCGGACAUGACCAUCGACUUCGACAACUUUGUGGCGUGUCUGAUGAGGCUGGAGAUGAUGUUCAGGAUCUUCAGGAAGCUGGACGCCCACCAGAGCGGCUCCAUCGAGCUCGACCUGAACCAGUGGUUGAACUUCACCAUGAUCUGAACCAGAACCGCUCUGCUUCACGCCAUCAGGGCGUUUCCAGCUGCAGCUUCUCUCUCUCCUAUUGUAACCUCUCCUCCACCAGCCGACUGGCCCUGAACCUUCUGCUCUGCAGGUCCAUUUGGACCGGCGCCACACAGAACCUGUUAGUCAGGCUUUUAUCUGCCGGCUGCUCUUUACCGGAUCAUUAAAGUGUUUCCAUGGCGAACGCA